UUGUUCUCUGAGGUCCGUCGACCGUGUGGCGUGAUGGUAUUGGUCAAUCCUCAGAGUGGGCGGGGCCAAGCAAUUGCUCUCUAUAAUGGCCACGUUCAGCGGAUGCUCACCGAGGCGGAUAUACCACACACACUCUUCAUUACAGAGCGUCAGAACCACGCGCGGGAUCUGGUGCGGAGCGCUGACCUGACGCAGUGGGACGCUCUGGUCAUUCUGUCUGGAGACGGGCUGCUGUUUGAGGUAGUGAACGGUCUAAUGGAGAGGCAGGAUUGGGAAAAGGCCAUUCAGACUCCUCUGGGAAUCCUGCCCGGAGGUUCAGGAAAUGCACUGGCUGCAUCUGUCCAUCACUACGCACGAGCGUCUCCGGUGUGGGGUGAAGAUCUGCUGACCAGCUGUGGCUUUUUGCUCUGUAAGGGUCUGGUGUCUAAACUGGACCUGAUCUCCAUCCGUCUGUCAUCCGGCGCUCGUCUCUUCUCCUUCCUGUCUCUGGCCUGGGGCUUCGUGGCCGACGUGGACAUCGAGAGCGAGCAGUUCCGUCAGAUCGGAGCGCUGCGCUUCAUCCUCGGCACGCUGCUGCGCCUGGCCUCCUUACGGAUCUAUCAGGGAAAACUGGCCUUCCUGCCAGCCGAAUCCGAGCGUGGAUCGGACUCUGCAAGCUUUUCCCCCGCCGACAGCCGGCUGCCCGACCACCUGCUCGCUCCGCUGGAGCAGCCCGUCCCGCAGGACUGGACGCUGGUGGAGGAGCAGGAGUUCGUUCUGGUGCUCGCCAUGUUCCAGUCACACCUGGGCGAGGAUCUGCUGGCGGCUCCGGACGCCCGCGCCGACGACGGGCUCAUCCACCUGUUCUACGUGACGGCGGGAAUCUCGCGCGCCACGCUGCUGCGGCUCUUCCGGGCCAUGCAGACCGGGACACACCUGGACUGCGGCUGCGCACACCUGGUGUACCGGCGCGCGCGAGCGCUGAGGCUGGAGCCACUGAGCACGGCGGGCAUCAUGACGGUAGACGGUGAGCGCGUGGAGUACGGGCCCGUUCAAGCGCAGGUGCACAAAGGAGCGGCCCGCCUCAUCUCCGCGUGAACCACCAACAACCGUUUAAGGGCCAGAUUAGCAUUAGAGUGCAAUUCUAUAAAAGCGCAGAUGG